GAAUGAAAUUGGAAAGUAGUUUUCGUUUAAACUUCUCCGACUCAAGUUCAAAAUGCGUUCCAUCAUUCUUGUGGCUCUUUUGGCUUUCCUGGCCAUUGGCUUUGUGUCUGCCCGUCCGGCUGAGGAUGAGGUGUCCUCCGAUGUGGUGGAGAGUGAGCCUGAGGAGUCUUCCUCCGAAAGUGAUGCCACCGAGACAGCUUCUGACGAUGAGGAAUCCAGUGAUCACGAGGAUGAGGAUAGUGAUUCCACAGAUGCCGAUGAGGAUGAGAGUGAUUCGUCAACAAAGGAGGAAGCAUCCAAUUCCACUACUCCCACGAAGCAGAUUCGUCCCUUCUGGCCCAAAUUUGGAGGUCACGGUCCUGUUGUGAUCCACCGUGGCGGUCUGCUCCUAAAGGCCUAAGAUUCUAACUUCUUUCUAAAAUCUAAAACAAUUUCU